UGCUGGAAGUCACAGUGUGGUGGACAAGUUAUCACGGCAUUCUCUGCAAACCAUCAGCAACAUGGGUAACUUUUUCGGGCACCAAAGAAACACCAAUGUACGAAUCAGUCUGCCAGCUGUCUGCUUCGUCUGGCAGAUUGCUAUGAUCAUCCUGUUUGGAGUUUUCAUCCGAUAUGAUGAACAGUCGGAUGUGCGCUUGUGGCUUGAAUUCACCAAAAAAGAAAACAUCACCAGUGACAUUGAAAAUGAUUUCUACUUCAGAUAUCCCAGUUUUCAGGAUGUCCAUGUCAUGAUCUUUGUUGGGUUUGGUUUCCUCAUGACUUUCUUGAAACGCUACAGCUUUGGUGGUGUUGGCUUUAACUUCUUGAUUGCAUCCUUUGGGCUGCAGUGGGCUCUUCUAAUGCAGGGCUGGUUCCACUCUCUGGACCACACCACAGGAAAAAUUAGCAUUGGAGUUGAGAGCCUGAUCAAUGCAGACUUUUGCUGCGCCGGCUGUUUAAUUGCCUACGGAGCCCUCUUGGGAAAAGUGAGUCCUGUCCAGCUGAUGGUUGUCACACUAUUCGGGAUUACGUUGUUUGCAGUGGAAGAAUACAUCAUCAUCAGCCUUCUUCAUUGCAGAGAUGCUGGUGGUUCCAUGGUCAUUCAUGCCUUUGGAGGUUACUAUGGUUUGGCCAUCUCGUGGGUCCUCUACCGACCCAAUCUGUGGCAAAGCAAUCGUCUCAACGGAUCUGUGUACCACUCUGAUGUGUUUGCCAUGAUUGGUACACUUUUCCUGUGGAUGUUCUGGCCCAGUUUCAACUCGGCCAUCGCAGACCAUGGUGACGGACAACACAGAGCAGCCAUCAACACCUAUCUUGCCUUGGCUUCCUCUGUGCUCACCACUGUGGCCAUUUCCAGUAUGUCUCAGAAAACAGGCAAACUAGACAUGGUCCACAUUCAGAAUGCCACGCUGGCUGGUGGUGUAGCCAUGGGAACAGCAGCUGAGUUCAUGAUCACACCCUAUGGCUCACUGAUUGUGGGCUUCUGCUGUGGCGUCAUCUCCACUUUUGGCUUCCUCGUUGUCACGCCCUUCUUGGAGAAGUACCUGAAGCUCCAGGAUACUUGUGGCAUCCAUAACCUUCAUGCAGUACCUGGGAUGCUCGGUGGUUUCACAGGUGCCAUCGUUGCUGCAGCUGCAACUGAAGGUGUAUACGGUACAGAAGGGUUGGUACGGGUAUUUGACUUUGAAGGACCCUUUGCAGACAGAAGUGUAAACACGCAGGGAGGCUUCCAGGCUGCUGGCACGUGUGUGGCGAUUGCAUUUGGGCUUGUUGGGGGAGCUAUUGUUGGUUUAAUCCUGAAGAUUCCUAUUUGGGGUGACCCUGCUGAUGACAACUGCUUUGAUGAUGAAGUUUACUGGGAGGUUCCGGAGGAAGAGGAGACCAUCCCUCCUGUUUUGGAGUAUAACCACAUGAUUCACAAGCACCAAGACAUGAUGGAGUCAAACUUCUCUGUGGAGCAAAGCUAGGCGCGGAAGAUUACACAUCAUCCUGAACUUAACACGUUGUGAAGUAACACCCCUAUCACACCUUGACGAUAUAGCCAGCAUAUGCUGACCGUAUUAAAAACACUGGCAUACGCUGGCUUAUGUCUAAUACGUUAUGGGUAAGUUUUGUAUAAGUUAGGAGCAUGCUGAUAUACGUCUUAAUAUGCGAGUAUCUCAAAACAUUUUCAGCAAGCACUAUAUUUGUGACGUAUGCCAGCAUAUGACUAAUAUGUCCCGCAUACGCAGAGCAUAAGUUGUAGGUAAGUUAUGUGAUUGUUGACACACAUUUUUUGUAAGUUACUCCUAAGUCUAAAUACAUCCAUUGAUGCUGUCCAUUGACUGGCUCAAAGCUGCAGUCCUCAUGCAAACAGUUCAGACUGUUUCAAAUAUUUAAACCAUUCACACACUGAGAAAAUAUAAAGUCUUAAUCUGACCUGUUUGAUUCAGUCAGAUUCAUUAUCACAGCCUGACAAAAACCUAUCCAUAUAAUGCGUCCUAAUUUUAGAAAACUACAUCUGAAAAUACUUUAGUUCCUUGUCGUGGCUGAAGAAACAUAGUAUUUUAAAGCAAGUCCCUCUAUCGUUUUUCUGCUUCCAGUGCGUUUCUCAGCCUGAAUCAGAGAGCACUGGUGCUUUGUCCCAAAACAAAACAAUUAACUUAUUUUAAAUUAAUUGUUCCAACAGACAUCAGUCAAUUCUUCAGCAUUCUGCACGCAAUGAAAAUAAAUCCCAUGAUCCACCCAGACAAAAAUAAAAUAAUGUUAAAUUACUCUGUUUUGCCUCUGUGUGGAGAAGAGAUGCCGUGCCCCAGCAUACGCGCACUCGAUGGUGUGCUUGUCAAAAUUUAAGUGUUCCACCUCUCAAACAAAAGGAUUCUGCCAACAGUGGAAACACAAACCAUGCCAGACUUAGCUGUUCCGACACGUAUCAUACCAUGCAGUACUGACCCGAACCACUUGGUGGAAAUGGGGCUGUCAGCAUAAGCUGGCUAAAUUGUAAGGGUGUGACAGCUGCAUAAUUUAUUAGACAUAUGCCUGCGUAUUCCAGUGUUUUUACUACGGUCAGCAUACACUGGCUAAAUCGUCAAGGUGUGACAAGGUCCUAGCACUUACUGUAUAAUUCAUCUAGAGCUGUCCUGAAAAGACAAAAUACUUUAUACAUUUUCCACACACCAUUUAUACCACACUUGUCUUCUGCACCUUUGCCAGUUAUUGGAAAGGUUUAGCUGUGAUGUGACAGUAUGAUGAACAAUCCUUCAUUUGUACACUGAUGAAAAAAAAAAAGAAAUGUAAGAAGCCUUUUUGGUAUAUAUUGACUGGAAAAUGUCUUUUACUAAAUCCAACCA